AUGAAGUGCCAGACCCUCCUCCUCGUUGCCGCGGCCCUCGUGCCCUCCGUCCUGGCCGACAAGCCCAAGCUGAACCAGUACCGCACCAUGGACGACUGGUAUGCCGCAAUCAUCCCUUUGCCCCCCCAGACCUCGCGGUGCCUGCAAACAUCCUCUACCACGCUGCCCCCCGUCUCGGGCCGUUGCUAUAACCUCGACGACGCUACCGGCGCCUUCUUCUGGAACACUGGGGGCAUGCUCAACCCCAGAGUCUACACGGGCAAGAACUGCCACGGCACCGAGGAUCCGCUCUCCACUCGCGGCCGCUGCUACAACAAGGGUGUUUACCGCUCUUACAAGUGCUGGUAA